UGAAAGUCAGAUGUUGGAACAUUAACAACUAGCUUGAUCACAUGCAUGCAGUUGGUCAGCAGGGUUUCCAGGCAAAACUGCUUCACAAUAAUACCACAUGAUGGGAAUUAAAGAGUUAAAGCCUAUCUCCAAGAUAUUCUCAGGGAUAUUUCUUCUUACUUCACUCAAUUUCUGUCCAGGAAUUCAUUCUGUAGGCUUGGUGGCUUCCAACAACGUGUCAGUAGCACUUUCGGGUGAAACGGUGUCUCUUCACUGUAUUGUGACACCACAGCUCAACCAAACUGAAGGCACUAUACAGUGCUUGUCACCAAAGAACGUUCCUAUGCCAAACAAACCCUUCUCUCUAAAACACCCUACACAUAUGACUCCUAUAGUCCUCGUCAACGUGAACCUCUCCGACUCUGGGAUGUACCGCUGUUGGCUGAGUCUCGUGGGCUUGAGCGAAGUGAACUCGAACGACAUGGCUUACUGGUUUCUUCAUGUGACAGAUGAGGGCUACGAGGUGCCGAGGGACGAGAGCAUGACAAUAGUUGGAGUCCUAACUGCGGUCCUGGGCAUCUCCAGCGUUGCUUGCUCACUGUACCUCUUCAAAGGACACGUUCCUUCAUUUGCGAAACACGGCAGCCGGGCGACCGAGGGGGAGACGAGGGAGGGCGGGGAGGAGCACAAUGACCCCGCCCCCCAGGGCGCCAUGGCAACGUCUCCUGCCGACGUCUACGCUAGCCUUGAGCACCAACCCGGGUCCGUCUACGACACACUGGAGCCCCCCACAGCCAGAGAGGCCCCUGGCCCGGGCAGAGCAGACUCGGGACGCUCCAAGGGAAAGGAGGAGGAAACCCCCCACGGUGAUCAGAACCAAGACGCGCUUGAAUGCUUCUAUGAAAACUUUUGAAUAUCCACUGUGUUUUGGUGUGUGUGUGUGUGUGUGUGUGUGUGUGUGUGUGUGUGUGUGUGUGUGUGCGUGUGUGUGUGCGUGUGCGUGUGCGUGUGCGUGUGUGUGUGUGUGUGUGUGUGUGUGUGUGUCGUUUAGAAUAGAUUAUUGUAGGCCUACUACUCCCUGAUUACACCGAUUAUGUAGGACACUUUCUUUAGCUAAAACAUUGCUAUUGCCAAAGAAAACCAAUGAUCCUUAGGCAUAUAUUAUUUAUAUUUUGUGUGUGUGUGUGUGUGUGUGUGUGUGUGUGUGUGUGUGUGUGUGUGUGUGUGUGUGUGUGUGUGUGUGUGUGUGUGUGUGUGUGUGUGUGUGUGUGUGUGUGUGUGUGUGUGUGUGUGUGUGUGUGUGUGUGUUUAGGUUAUUAUUUUAUGUUUUCUUCUUGGUAUGAAAUUGUCUUUUUAGCCUCACAGCCUUUGCCACCUUUGUGAUUGCUCUAUUUGUUUUACAGUUAUUGCUGUUUAUAAAAAGGGAAGGACUUUUUUUUAUUAUGUCAACACAAAAUGCCCAAUUCCACUCGCCAUCCAUCUUCUCACAUUUAAUGUUGUCAAAUGUAGAAUAUGAAAAUAAAGUAUCUUCUCUCUAUAAAUGAGAUUUUUCUGCUGCAAGUUCUUCCAUUUAGCGGCACUUAAACUAUGCAUUUCAACUAUGAAUUUCAGCUAUGCUAAUCGACAACAUUAGACUUUUGUGUGAGGCAAAAGUCACAUGACUCUACAAGCCAGUCACAGCCGCUCGCACAAGGACUUCCGGGAUCGACUGUGUGUGGACUGUUGUCAUUCUCUGAUCAUGGCUGCAGAAGGGGAUUUUCUGACGAGAUACCGUGCUGUUUCGAAUAAAUUGAAAAAGCGUUUUCUUCGAAAGCCCAAUGUUGCAGAGGCAAGCGAACAGUUUGGUCAGUUGGCCAAGGAGCUGAAGCAGCAGGACUGCCUUCAGUAUGCUGCCUUCUGCAACCUUGCCAUGGCCCGGUGCGAGCAGACCCUGUUCAACGCCCCCGGGGAGGCGCUGGCCCUCACAGACGCGGCCCGCCUCUUCCUGUCCUCGGAGAAGGAGAACCGCGCGCUGCAGGCCCCUGGAUUUGAUGAGCACCUGCAGGCCGCACUCAACUGCUACAGCUUCGCCAUCAAGGUGUACAUUGAGAUGAACCAGCCUAUCAUGGCAGCCAGCCUGUCCUUAGAGCUGGGGAACGCACUCAAGGAGAUGAACAGACCGGGGGAAGCCGUGGUUCACUACCAGAGGGCUGCCGAGCUCCAGACGCAGAAUCCCGUGGAGGCUCUGCUGUCCAUGGGAGAGAUGGCCACCUGCAAGAUCCUCACCCGGGACUAUGACGGAGCGCUGACGGUGUUUACGGAGAUGCAGCUGAUCUGUCAGGAGAGGGGGCUGCAGCUCCCCAGCACCAACGCCCCCGUCGGGGCCUUCCUGGACCUGGUGGCCAAGUGUGAGAUCUCCAGAGUCCUGCUGCUCAUGUUUCUUGAGCCCCCUCCCCAGAAGCUGCUGCCAGAGCACGCUCAGACCCUGGAGAGGUACGCCUGGGAGUCCUUCGACCCGCACAGCCAGGCCACCUUCCUGCCGGAGACGGUCUUCCUGCUGCUGCAGUCAGUGGUGAUGGCCUGCCAGGAAAAAGACACAGAAUCCCUGAAGUCUCUUCAAACUGAGCUGUGGCCCUAUCUCUCAGCUGAGCAGAACCACCUCCUCCACUUGGUGGUCCAGGAGCGAAUCACCCCCUCUGGACAAGGAAUUUAGUACAGUCCCAUUCAAGGUUCCAGUUCCUCUCCCCUCCCACCCCCAGGAGAGUGCCACAAUGGAACAUUCCUGUGGGCGGUGCGGUCUGUUUUAGGGCCCGAGGGAAGGUUGUCGCAUCAGGAGCCAUCACGCAUUAGUCUUCUUCUCUUUAGAGUUGACACAAUACUCUUGCUUUGUCCCGAUUGGGCCUCCCCUGACAGCUGCCCGGGGCGCCACCACCACCACUAUCCUGGUGCCCUAGAACCGGUUUUAAAACCUGAGACGGCCGCAACGGCACCGGGCUGUCGUGUUCUCAAAGUUGAACGUUGCAACAUUUGAACCCACUAAUCUUUUAGGACCCUAAUGGUGAAUGAGCUUUAUUUUGCCCGUGGAGGCUUGUUGUGUGAUUCAACACAAUUUAUUUAUUGUUAACGUUUUAGGAGAUGAUGUAUACACUGCACACUGGUUUGAGUCGUGUUUCUUUUUUUUCUUUUUAUUAAUAAAUGGUAUGGCUUACAAUGUA